AUGUCGACGCCUCAGACUGAUCCCGAAGCUGACGCGACAGUGUGCUGCGGCGGCGCCCCCGCCUUCUCGGACCUGAGGCGGCCGAUCGAAGUGCGCGACUUGGCUUAUGGCGGCUCUGGUAGCAAUCUGUUCUGGUCUUGGCCGUUCUUCGGACCGCUGCUUGUCGACAACGAGACCAGCGACACUCGCGAUCAUUGCGCCAACGAACGAACCUUCCUCUCGUACUUGCGCCUGUCCGUCUACAUGGCCAUCGUCGCCAUUGCCAUCGUCUUAUCCUUCCAUCUCAAAACACGACCGUCUAAGCUCGAGUUACAGAUGGCCCAGCCGCUCGGUAUAAUCUUUUGGCUCUUGUCCCUCGCCUGCCUAAUCCUCGGCUUCGGCAAUUAUAUCAAAACUUUAGACAAGUAUAGUAGAAAGGUGGCUAUAGUCCAGACAGGUUGGAGGACGCAAUCGAUCAUGUCUCUCAUUUCCCUAUCCAUCGUGGGCACUUGCGUGAUACUGUUGGUAAUUGCCAAAGUAGAAGCGGGGCAUUAA